AUGAAACCGGAGCUUCAAGAAGUGGUGCCGGCUGAAUCUUCCAUGGCAGGCAAGAAGAAGGGUUUGAACCCUGAAGCACCAGAGUUCAUCCCAAGCAGCAGCUUCCUCUUCUUCCCUCAAUCUUCCAUGGCUGCCUCAGAUCCUCCCAACUUCUUCCUUCAUCAACCUCAACCCCUCAUCACUGGCACCGCCCCACUUUCCUUCUGCUAUUACCAUCUUCCUGACCUCCUCAACAACUCCUUCCUCUAUUCUCCAAACUCACUCCCGCCGGAAACGGCAACGGCGACGGCGGCGGCGAUUCACUCUACGCCUGCUCCUCCGGCGACCGAGGAGCGAUGCGAAGUGGGACGGAGAGCGGUUACCUCCGAGAGGAGUAGUGAUGGCCACCGGCGCCGCCGGCCCGAGGGUUUGGUAAUAAGAGGGCGGCCGACGACGUCAUCUCGGCUGGGUCGCUCGUAUUUCGUUUGGAGGCGAGGCGGCGGUGGGAGGAGGGGAGAGGAGAGCGGCGACGGUGAGGCUGGGAACGGUAGUGAAUAUGGUAGGCGGAGAACGACGACGUUUAGGAAGCAGAGUACUGUGAACGUGAAAAGGAAACAGCAGAGUAGAGAGAGUGGCGUGGAGCCUGUGGAGAAGGGUGGGCGGAAGACUACUGCCAUGAUCAGAAAUAUACCCAACAAAUACACGCGUGAGAUGUUGGUACAGUUUCUGGACGAGCACUGCAUGUUGGAGAAUCGGAAGAUGCAUGCCCAUAAUUCCGAAGACGAUGUUUCAGCUUUUGAUUUCGUGUACCUGCCCAUAGAUUUUGCAACAGGUUGUAACAAAGGGUAUGCAUUCGUAAACUUCACAAACCCCAGUGCAGUGUGGAAGUUUCAAGUUGCUUCUCACAAUCAGAGCUGGGAGCAUUUCCAAUCGUCCAAGAUCCGCCAGAUUGCCUGCGCCAAAAUUCAGGGGAAGGAGGCGCUGGUGAACCACUUCCAGAGCUCAAGGUUUGCGUGCGACUCGGAGGACUUCCUGCCGGCGUGCUUCUCCCCUCCCCGGGACGGUUCACGGCGGCCGGUGACCAUGACUACCGUCGGUAGACUCUCCCCUACUCCUCCCAGGACUGCUACUGAAAACAACGAUGAAUUGAAGUGGGGUGGACCUCAGCACCCGAAGCUGGCCGUUGAUGGCGCGGGUGGUGGGGUCCACCCUCGGGGAAUGGACGGCUGUGAUUUGGUCAUGGUGGCUUUGUGUUGGGGGUGGGGUUGGAAUGUUUAUAUUGAUGUGGCUUGA